AUGUCGAGGGGGAAGCCUCGCGGCCUGCCGCCUCUCGCAAGCCCGCGCCUCGUUGCGCGGCGCACGCCAAAGAGAAACUUCUCACUUUUUUGUGACCACGGAAGGCACCAACGUGAGAUUAGAAAUUGGCCAUCUAAAGUUACGAUGGAUGGAGCCGAACAUCCAGCAACAAAGAAACGACGGCUAAAUCGAGAAAGACAGCAGAGAUGGAUUCAAAAACAAAGCCAAGAAACUCUAGACAGGAUCCGACAAGCUCGUGUCGAGUCACAGCGUGCAGCACGAAAACGGGAAAUGUCUCUAAAAUACCAUGCACGACUAGCAGCUGACAGCGAAGGCCAUCGCAAAGCCCAAAACCAAGAAUCACUGGAGCAGCGACACGCACGGCGAGAAGCUAAUGCCGAGUCACAGCGUGCAGUACGAGAGCGGGAAACGCCUCAAAAAUACCACGCACGACUAGCAGCUGACGCCGAAGCUCAUCGCAAAGCCCAAAACCAAGAAUCACUGGAGCAGCGACAAGCACGACGAGAAGCUCAUGCCGAGUCACAGCGUGCAGCACGAGAACGGGAAACGCCUCAAGAAUACCACGCACGACUAGCAGCUGACGCCGAAGCCCAUCGCAAAGCCCGAGAAAAAGAAUCCGUGGAGCAGCGACAAGCACGACGAGAAGCUAAUGCCGAGUCAAAGCGUGCAGCACGAGAAGUGGAAACGCCUGAAGAAUCGCAAGCACGACGAGCAGCUGACGCCGAAGCCCAUCGCAAAGCCCGAGAACAAGAAUCCCUGGAGCAGCGACAAGCACGACGAGAAGCUAAUGCCGAGUCAAAGCGUGCAGCACGGGAGUGGAAACGCCUGAAGAAUCGCAAGCACGACGAGCAGUUGACGCCGAAGCGCACCGUGUAG